UUAUCAUUAGGGAGGUAUACUACAUAUUUAUAAUGGCUUACAUGGAUGAAAAUAUAAAUAUCAGCAAUAUGUUCCUAUAUUACAUAUAUAGCUGAGUAGGUUAUAAUCAGCAUGUCGACUGCAUCUGUAACCGUAGAUUACGGGUUCUCGAGUCAAGCAGGGCUCUUAUUUAUUUCUUUUUUACACCCACCCUUUCUUUUUCCAGAUUUUUUUUGAUUUUUUUUUUUUGUUGUUGUUGCUAGAACUGCAUUUUGUUAUUUUACCAAUUCAAGUAAAUUUCAAAGUUUUCAAUUUCAAAAUAUUUUUCUUCAAAUCCUCCACUUUUCAUCCACAUCAAAUUUCUCUAGGGUAGCAUUCGUCCUAGAAGCUUAUUUGUCUUGGGGGCGAGUUGUACUGAAACCGUAAUGUUGUGGCACUGGUUGCGGUGUCACGUGCCCUACUGUCAUGUGACAGAAGAAUAUCGUUGCAUGUGAUCACGAAUAGAGUGAUAAAAACACCUUUUUCGUCUCUGUUGCACAGCGAACUUGUCCGUAAUCACUACAUUCUGAGAACGCGUAGACUUAUCAUACUGCAAGGUGAACCAAACUACAGAUGCGGGGUUUACUGCUUAUGCCGCUGGUGGUGGUGGUUGUUUAUUGCGAUACGCUCUACUUCCAACCUAAGGAACAGCCUGUCUCCGGAGUGUCCUGUAAAGAUGGGAAAUCUGUUUGUCCCAAUGGCAGAACCUGCUGUGGACAAAAUAACGGGGAAUAUGGAUGCUGUCCCCUAGCAAAUGCCGUCUGCUGCAGUGAUCACAUACACUGUUGUCCUUCAAACACGAAAUGUGAUGUUGCUGCCGGCAAAUGUGUGGCACAAGGCGACAAUUUUGUGUUGGACUGGUUUGAGAAACUUCCUGCCACCAAACCCAGGGGGCGUGGUGAUGCGUCGUCUGUGAUGUGUCCUGACGGAGCCUCGGAGUGUGAAGAUGGGCAGACAUGUUGUCUCCUGGCUAGCGGAAGAUACGGCUGCUGCCCUAUAGAGGAUGCUGUCUGCUGUUCUGAUCACAUUCACUGCUGUCCCCAGGGAACAAAGUGUGACCUUCAGGCAAAGAAAUGUAUCGGAAGAGGAGUGAGUUUAGGCAAGAUCAGCAUGGACAUGGUGAGGAUAGAAAAUAAAGGAAUUGUGGACAUGGUCAAAGUGGAAGACAGUGGAAGCGUGGAUAUGGUCGGACUGGGAGACAAAGAAAUUUUACAUAAGAUCAGCAUAGACAUGGUCAAAAUAGAAGAGAAAGAAUUUAAGGCUGUUUGGUGUUCUGAUGGUAAACAUUGGUGUCCUGAAGAUACUGUCUGUGACAGUUCCUCUAGAAAAUGUAUCAGGGGUAGAAGUUUAGUCAUGGACUGGUUUGAGAAAGAACCCGAUAUGCUGAGAUCAGGAAGUGUGGUAUGUCCUGAUGGUCAGAGUCAAUGCAAGGAUGGACAGACAUGUUGUAAGCUGUCAAGUGGAAGAUAUGGUUGUUGUCCUCUUCCCAAAGCUGUGUGCUGUUCUGACGGUAGACAUUGCUGUCCUUCAGGAACGAAAUGUGAGGUAUCCUCUGGAAAAUGUAUGAGAGGAACAAUUUCUGUCAUGGACUGGUUGGAGAAAGAACCCACUAUGCUGAGAUCAGAAAGUGUGGUAUGUCCUGAUGGUCAGAGUCAAUGCAAGGAUGGGCAGACAUGUUGUAAGCUGUCGAGUGGAAGUUAUGGAUGUUGUCCUCUUCCUAAAGCUGUGUGCUGUUCUGACGGUAGACAUUGCUGUCCUUCAGGAAUGAAAUGUGAGGUAUCCUCUGGAAAAUGUAUGAGAGGAACAAAUAUUGUUAUGGACUGGUUUGAAAAAGAACCUGCUAUGCUGAGAUCAGAAAAUGUGGUAUGUCCUGAUGGUCAGAGUCAAUGCAAGGAUGGGCAGACAUGUUGUAAGCUGUCGAGUGGAAGAUACGGAUGCUGUCCUCUUCCCAAAGCUGUGUGCUGUUCUGACGGUAGACAUUGCUGUCCUUCAGGAACAAAAUGUGAGGUAUCCUCUGGAAAAUGUAUGAGAGGAACAAAUAUUGUCAUGGACUGGUUUGAGAAAGAACCCGCUUUACUGAAAUCAGAAAGUGUGGUAUGUCCUGAUGGUCAGAGUCAAUGCAAGGAUGGGCAGACAUGUUGUAAGCUAUCCAGUGGAAAUUAUGGAUGCUGUCCUCUUCCCAAAGCUGUGUGCUGUUCUGACGGUAGACAUUGCUGUCCUUCAGGAACGAAAUGUGAGGUAUCCUCUGGAAAAUGUAUGAGAGGAACAAAUAUUGUUAUGGACUGGUUUGAAAAAGAACCCGCAAUGCUGAGAUCAGAAAAUGUGGUAUGUCCUGAUGGUCAAAGUCAAUGCAAGGAUGGGCAGACAUGUUGUAAGCUGUCGAGUGGAAAUUAUGGAUGUUGCCCUAUUCCAAAAGCUGUGUGCUGUUCUGAUGGUAGACAUUGCUGUCCUUCAGGAACGAAAUGUGAAGUAUCCUCUGGAAAAUGUAUGAGAGGAACAAUUUCUGUCAUGGACUGGUUGGAGAAAGAACCCGCUAUGCUGAGAUCAGAAAGUGUGGUAUGUCCUGAUGGUCAAAGUCAAUGCAAGGAUGGGCAGACAUGUUGUAAGCUAUCCAGUGGAAAUUAUGGAUGCUGUCCUCUUCCCAAAGCUGUGUGCUGUUCUGACGGCAGACAUUGCUGUCCUUCAGGAACGAAAUGUGAGGUAUCCUCUGGAAAAUGUAUGAGAGGAACAAAUAUUGUUAUGGACUGGUUUGAAAAAGAACCCGCUAUGCUGAGAUCAGAAAAUGUGGUAUGUCCUGAUGGUCAAAGUCAAUGCAAGGAUGGGCAGACAUGUUGUAAGCUGUCGAGUGGAAAUUAUGGAUGUUGCCCUAUUCCAAAAGCUGUGUGCUGUUCUGACGGUAGACAUUGCUGUCCUUCAGGAACAAAAUGUGAGGUAUCCUCCGGAAAAUGUAUGAGAGGAACACAUUCUGUCAUGGACUGGAUGGAGAAAGAACCCGCUAUGCUGAGAUCAGAAAAUGUGGUAUGUCCUGAUGGUCAAAGUCAAUGCAAGGAUGGGCAGACAUGUUGUAAGCUGUCGAGUGGAAGUUAUGGAUGCUGUCCUAUUCCCAAAGCUGUGUGCUGUUCUGACGGUAGACAUUGCUGUCCUUCAGGAACGAAAUGUGAGGUAUCCUCCGGAAAAUGUAUGAGAGGAACAAAUAUUGUUAUGGACUGGUUUGAGAAAGAACCUGCAAUGCUGAGAUCAGAAAAUGUGGUAUGUCCUGAUGGUCAAAGUCAAUGCAAGGAUGGGCAGACAUGUUGUAAGCUGUCGAGUGGAAAUUAUGGAUGCUGUCCUAUUCCAAAAGCUGUGUGCUGUUCUGACGGUAGACAUUGCUGUCCUUCAGGAACGAAAUGUGAAGUAUCCUCUGGAAAAUGUAUGAGAGGAACAAAUAUUGUCAUGGACUGGUUUGAGAAAGAACCUGCUAUGCUGAGAUCAGAAAAUGUGGUUUGUCCUGAUGGUCAAAGUCAAUGCAAGGAUGGGCAGACAUGUUGUAAGCUGUCGAGUGGAAGAUAUGGUUGUUGUCCUCUUCCAAAAGCGGUGUGUUGCUCUGACGGUAGACAUUGCUGUCCUUCAGGAACAAAAUGUGAGGUAUCCUCUGGAAAAUGUAUGAAAGGAACAAAUAUUGUCAUGGACUGGUUUGAGAAAGAACCCGCUAUGCUGAGAUCAGAAAAUGUGGUUUGUCCUGAUGGUCAAAGUCAAUGCAAGGAUGGGCAGACAUGUUGUAAGCUGUCGAGUGGAAAUUAUGGAUGCUGUCCUAUUCCAAAUGCUGUGUGCUGUUCUGACGGUAGACAUUGCUGUCCUUCAGGAACGAAAUGUGAGGUAUCCUCUGGAAAAUGUAUGAAAGGAACAAAUAUUGUCAUGGACUGGUUGGAGAAAGAGCCAGCUAUGCUGAGAUCAGAAAAUGUGGUAUGUCCUGACGGUCAAAGUCAAUGCAAGGAUGGGCAGACAUGUUGUAAGCUGUCCAGUGGAAGUUAUGGAUGCUGUCCUAUUCCCAGUGCUGUGUGCUGUUCUGACGGUAGACAUUGCUGUCCUUCAGGAACGAAAUGUGAAGUAUCCUCCGGAAAAUGUAUGAGAGGAACAAAUAUUGUCAUGGACUGGUUUGAGAAAGAACCCGCUAUGCUGAGAUCAGAAAAUGUGGUAUGUCCUGACGGUCAAAGUCAAUGCAAGGAUGGGCAGACAUGUUGUAAGCUGUCGAGUGGAAGAUAUGGUUGUUGUCCUCUUCCAAAAGCUGUGUGCUGUUCUGACGGUAGACAUUGCUGUCCUUCAGGAACAAAAUGUGAGGUAUCCUCCGGAAAAUGUAUGAGAGGAACAAUUUCUGUCAUGGACUGGUUAGAGAAAGAACCUGCUAUAUUGAGAUCAGAAAAUGUGGUAUGUCCUGAUGGUCAGAGUCAAUGCAAGGAUGGGCAGACAUGUUGUAAGCUGUCUAGUGGAAGAUACGGAUGUUGUCCUCUUCCAAAAGCUGUGUGCUGUUCUGAUGGUAGACAUUGCUGUCCUUCAGGAACGAAAUGUGAGGUAUCCUCUGGAAAAUGUAUGAGAGGAACAAAUUCUGUCAUGGGCUGGUUUGAGCAAGAACCUGCUCAGAGAAAAGCACACUCAGAAACAACACUCAAGAAGGGUAAAUCUAUCAUGUGCCCAGAUCAGAAAACCAGCUGUCCUGAUAAGAAUACAUGCUGUAAAAAUAAAGAUGGAAAUUAUGGAUGCUGUGCAUAUAACAACGCUGUGUGCUGCAAGAGUGGGACGUAUUGUUGUCCAAAGGGCUACAUCUGUGACACCUUGCCAGAAAUUUGCAGAAUGCCAGAGGCCAAGGUAGCAUGGAAGAACACAGCCAAUCUGUUUAUACAGAACAUACUCCGUAAACGAAUCCAGAAUCUACCAUAAGCAGAGAACUAACUGUUAUUUUAUUACUUGCCUCAAUAAUGGAAGGAGUAAAAACUUUUGAAUUCGGUUUUCAUCUUGUAGAAAUUUAUUAUUUUGAAAAUUUAAAAAUUAGAAUUUUCCCUUUAUUUAUAUAUACCUCAUGUACAGACACUGUGCAUUAUUUAUUUUUACUCAAGUCUAUGCUCCUUUGCCUUCUGAUUUACAAAUGAUUCUAGAUGAGCCUUGUGUCUCUUCUGAAUAAAAAAAAACCCCAGCUGGAGUAGGAGAGAAAUUAAUAGAAUUAUGGAACAUGUAUCAAACAUCUUGUGUGAAUGAAGCAUCUAAAAGAAUAUUAAACUUUGUGAAUGAAGCAUCUACAAGAAAUGAAUAUCAAACUUGAUUUUGUAUUUGAGAAAUGUUUCAUUGUCGAAUUGUUUAUAGGGUACAAAGGAAAGAGAAGCAUAUGCUAUUCAUGUGAUAAAUGUUUUUAGUGAACUAAGAAACUGUAAUAUGUAAGGAUAAUAUAGUUGAUGAUGUGGUAUUUGACAGUAAAUGAUGUACAUGUGAGAGGUGAGGGGUAGAAUUUAGUGUAGGUAUUUUUUCAAUGCUAUGUUUUUCUCUGUAGAUUGACUCUUAAGGUGUACUGAUGUAUGCAUGAGUUUGAUUUGCCUUCUGUUGCAGAGUUAUGUGCUAUGAACUUUUACGUGAACAUUUAUAUAUGUAGAUAAGAAUUACUUAAAUAGUAUAGAUAUUGCAAAACAUGACAUUAUGACUGUUGAUAGAUAGAAUACUUGUAUAAUGAAUUUUGUUUGUGUUUGUUUGUAUGCAUUAUUGUCUCUUGUACAUGCACUUUGAUGAUGCUUGCAAGUCGUGUUAUUUAAUUGAACUGUCACAUAGUACAUGUGUACUUAAAGAGAACAUAUUCAUAAACAUAUUCUGGCCAGUUUGUGCUAUUACAUGAUCAUAUAGAUAUCUGCAGAUUUAUAAUUGUAAAUAAAAAACUCUUUGAAUUUCUGGGAUAAAUGUUUUUCCACGUCUGAAUAGUUGUGAUUUUAUUUUUCAGUAAGGAACACAUUCAAUGUCUUGAGAGAGAGAGAGGGGGGGGGGGGGGUAUAAAGAUGAUGAAAGCAUGCUGAAGCUGAUUAUUUAAAAAUUAUCUCAUGCUUACAUGGUUUCUGUUACAUUCCUACUGAGAGAAGUUUUAUUGGUGACAUGUUUAUUUUAUAAUUGAACUUUUUUCUAUUUAUAGAUUUUUAUGUCAAGUUCAAAGGUCAUACUGUGAGAUCUGCAUAUAACAAUGCAUUUAUUAGGAAUUAUGAAGAUAGAAACGUCAAAGCUUUAUGAUUGGCAAAACGUUGAUUAUGUAAAGUUAAAUUUCACAAGGGCUGUGUGUUGUACCUAAGUAUACUGUUAAAGUGGUUAUUUACGCGUGGGGGGAAAUUUACACUAAUUACACGGCCACGUAAUAAGCGCGUAAAUUUCCCCCACAUGAAUAGUUUUAAAUAUUUGAUAUACUUAUAUACAUAUAUGUUAUAUUUAGUUACCAAGUAUCUUUCCCCUGCAUGUAAUGUUGGACAUGGAAAAACGCGUACUUAACGCCCAGCGUAAAUAAUCACUUUUACAGUAAUAUCUGUUGUACUGAUUUGAUUAUUUCAGAACAUGUCUGAACUGUGCAGAGGUGUUGUAGCUUGGCAAGGUUUGAGUACAUUGUACAACAUGCUUUGUCGCCUAUUUUAGCUUUACCACUGUUUGUCUUAUUACGUUUUAUGCCCAGAAAGUAAAGACACGGGGCAUGCCACAAACUCUUGCCCCACCCACUUCAUACAGCUAGAUUAAACAUGCUUUUGAUUAUGAAGUAUGCUGGCGUGAAGCAUCGUAAUUCAUACUGUUAAUACAUGCAAUUUCAAAAAAUGAAAUUUAUUCUAAAAUGAACACCAACAAACCUAAUGGUUCAGAUGCUGAGCAGUAUUUGUCACUUUUUAUUUAGUUCUCUAAUACACGUACUUUAAUGAAAUCCAGGUCAUUCAUUUUCAUAAUAUUGUCAUGGAUUUUUAAAUGUCCAGAUUAACGAGCUCCACUUUGUGCGAUAUAGCUGCUGGAUAAAUUUAAUUGUCAGCCACUGUAAACAAUUGAGUGGUACACUUAAUAACUGUUUAUUUUCUAUUAAAGAGCACACUGAUAUUUUAAAAGUAGCAUACAUCAGCAUACAGAUCUAGAACUUGGAAAUGUUCUUAAAAUAUUGAUGUGUUGGUGCUGCAUGCAUAUAAUGCUUCUCCGUGAAAAUUACCUACCACUUUUGAGAAGUGGGAGAGUAUGUAGCUGUUGAUUGAUUGAUACAUAUGUAGGCAACAUCCUGUUUUGUCUUUAGAAGGAACGAUUAUUCAUGUAACUGUAAUGCAGAUGAAUUGUUUAGGUUUCAUGGAUUGCUAUACAUGUGGAUGAAGUCAUUCCAAAAUUGAAUCUGUCUAGCUUACUCAUUAAAGUGAAUUUCAAAGAA